AUGACGAACAAAGCCGUCCAAAUCAUUGAGUCGGUCUUUUUCCGCUCUUCCCAUCUUCUCCUCGCGCGAUGUUGCGAUGCGACUUCUCCUUCGGAUUCUGAUCUGCGCAUCGCAUCUCUACGAUGUGCUCGUUCAUUCACAGCACGUCUACUAUUCGAAGGAGCCCAUCAACCAUGUUGUGCUCGAUGGAGACAAGUACGAGGUGUUGCUGCGGCUUCAGUGCGGUUUCCAUGGGGUCUUUCUCGGCUCAAUUCUCCACUAUGUAAUGUUGACGGAAGCAGCUGCUUGAAAGACGCAGUACUGCGUGAAACUGAUAAUCACAACAAAAUUCUACAAAUAUUGCCUAGUGGACUGCUACAAUGCGGAUCAGUUCGGCAGGUUGCUGCUUCGUUCUCCGGGGAUUCCCCUUACAGGGAUCCUUUCCCAGCAGUUGCGCUUAGGGAGCUACCGAGCUUCUCAGUUGUUAACUCAGGAAGUCUGGAAGGAGAAGCAGCUGUAUUUUUACGUGCAGAAGUCCGCACAUCAUUUGCUGUACAAUAUUUGAGCAUAUUCCAUCAUCAGCACUAUGUUUAUAUAGCUGCGGUACAAUCGCAGGAUACCAGGAAGACCAGAGGAGCCCCAAAAGUUGCGAAGUUACUGAGAUUCUGUGACAAUGAUACGAGGUAAGU